UGAAAUAAUGGCCUAAAGCCUUAAAGUUGUUAACACAUUCACAUAUGUGAACAUAACAUACACAUACUCACACACACACUUCUAAAUUCAUAUGUCAAUGCAAAUGCAGACAGUGUGAAAAUUCUCCACUGCAAAUAAAAGUGCACUGCACUCAAAAUCCUACUGAAGUACAAAAGUGUCAGCAAAAUGGAAUGAGAGUAAAAAACUUCUUACUUCUUAUACAACAGAACGGCCCCUAUUAUUGUUUUAUUAUUGUAUAUCAUAUUAUUGUUAAUUAUCAGUAAAGCAUUACCAAGUGAGAUGCAUUUUAGUGUUGUAACUGCUUAAUGUGGAGCAAAUUUUAACUUCUGUAUAUACAGUACUGUUUGUCAGUUUAAUAUGUCACAGUAUAUCAUAUUUAUAUGCUGAUUGUAUUUUUGUAUGUAACUUCAAAGUAACUAAUAAAUGUAGUGCAAUAAAAAGUAGUAGAGUACAUGUGUUAUCAACAGUAGAGGCAUAAAAAUGGAAAUACAACACGUACAACAAGUGCGUAUGAUUUGUACUUAAGUACUUUACUUGAGUAAAUGUAUGUAGUUUUUUUCCCCUAAACCUUUUCAGUCAUUUGUUUCUUGUUAACUGAAUUUAAAUUAAGCCUACCCAGAGUCAGGGGAUGUAAAUUCCUUGCCAUUUUAUUUUUUGUGGAAAAUGAGAAAAACAAAGAGACUGGACAAAUGAAGAUAUGUGAAACAUCCAACUAAAGUCCCUCAGAGUCAAAGAGCAAGAAUUUUGUGUGCAGAGCUGUUAUGUUGUAGUGACGUUGAACAAGUUUACAAGGAGAAAUGGGGCCAGUGUUCACACCAGCAGCAGAAAUGAAACCUGUAAGUGAUGCAACCUCAGAUGUUUAGUCCCAGUGUCUCAGAAACUAGCUCCAUCUAGCUGCAUAUCUGUAAUCACACAAUCUUGUCCCCUCUCAGGGCAUUCCUGGAGGGCCUUCUGGGAGAUGUCACGAAAGUAGAUGCAGAACUUUAAGAAAUACGGAUACAACAAAAACUGUAUCACAGCUCAAAAUAACACCUCAAAUAAAGUGAACUCUACCUGAGUUUCAUUAGCCCCUCCUCCCACAAAGGUAAAGGUAACCCUGAUGGGUGGGACAUGGGCACGGCAUAUGACUAUAUGGUCAGUUGUGUCUGUGUGCAGAUCAGACGGAGCAGAUCACCCCGUCACUGAGCGGAGCUGCGGUUAUGGCCCAGGUAAAGGUAUCAAGCGAUGCAGUGAGGAGCCACCAGGACUGCACAGAGGUUUACUCUGAUAUGGCUACUGUCAGCUCCAGUGCAGGUGAGUCCAAAAAAGAGAAGACACAUAAUAUAAAAAAUUUUAAUGCAGUGAUGGUCUCCUUCCAUUCAGUCAGUGGAGAGUUAUAGUGUUGCAUGGUAAUCUAAAAGCUGAUGACGGGCCAUUUUUUAGAGGAGUCACAGUUUAAAGUUGAAUAUAUGUACGGGGUUUCUUUAACAUCAAAACUGUUCAAUGUAAAGACACUGAAUAUUAAGUCUCGUAGCAGCUUUAAAUGGAAACUUUUGGCCUUAAAAACCUUGUUGGUUAUGGCCUAACUGUUCAUUAGUUGUUGAAGUUGCCAAUUAGCGAAACAUAUUCAAAGUUUAGUAGUUUGUACCAUGUAAUCCAAAUAAAUUCUUAUUGCGAAAAAUCACUUUAGAGACCGUUUGAAUGACUUGACCAGAUUUGCAAUAUAUAAAUAAGAGAAAAAAACAAACUCUGUCAGAAAGCACACAUCACCAAUCCUUAAAUCUGUAUCCUCUAUGUCUUUUCCAGCCAUUAUGAUAUGAAUAGACAAGGUCAACUCAGUCCACCAAUUUGACAGAUUAGUCACUUUGUUAGUGACUGCAUUGAUAAUCUUGGUCAAAUCCCCCAGUUUCUGGUAUCUCUUUCUCACGAGCUUGUCUUUGGCAGCUAAAGCUCUCUGGCUCUCAGGUUGCCUGAUGGCAGUGGGAACCAUUAAGUCAGUGUAAUCCCUCCUUUUUGAGACAGUCAUCGGUGAAAUUCGCUCUUCAGCAGCUACGCAAAGCCUCAACCUUUUUUCCCUUCCUGCUCAAAACAGAUAUAGGAGAGUCGGCGAGGAAGGGGUCAUUGUGCGAGACCUCCAUGGCUGCUGGUCUCGGCCGGCGGAGCAGGGCCUACCCCACCCCAGCCAGGAGACGCCAUCGCACCACCUUCAGCCACAAGCAGCUGGAACAGCUGGAAGUGGCCUUUGGACAAAACCAGUAUCCUGACAUCUACUACAGAGAGGAGCUGGCCCGCAUCACCAAACUCAACGAGGCUCGCAUACAGGUGUGGUUUCAAAACAGAAGAGCCAAACAGCGGAAGCAGGAGCGGGCCUCCCAGAAGGUUCUCCCCAUGGGUGUGAUGCCGGGCCACAGGGCCCUGCUGGGAGGCAUGCACGUCCAGCCGUCCGGCGUGGCUCGACAGUACUACACCCAGCCCCUGGCUCACAUCCCCCGCCUCUCCCCCAUGUACUCCCGCCACCCAGGCCCGGUCAGCCAGUGCCCCUACCCCAGUGUCCCCCCACAGCCUGCCUCCCAGCGCCAGCAUGAUGACUGGUACGGCCCUCUGAGGGGAAACCUCACCUCACCCAUGUUCUCAUUGGCCUCCAUGCAGCCUCUGGACCCCACCUCCCACUGGAGCUAAGGUGUAAACAAGGAAA